AUGGACCGCUAUCUAUCGCGCAAACGACCACACAGUCCUCCGGCUGAAACCAAACCAGUGACACCAGACGAUGAUGACGCCUCCACAGACAUCAAGCUAGCCCAACUGGUGUCCCUGUUCCCAGACACGCCACAGGACACUCUCAUUGAUAUCCUUGUUUCUUGCAGUGGCUCAGUGGAAACUGCAAUAACCACAAUCACCGAGCAGAAGCAACUCCCUCAACUUCCCAAACGGCCCAGAACAACUAGUGGUGCACCAGGAACCCAGACGUCCCUAACGUCUCAUAUCCACGUCUCCCCGAGCAAAGACGAAAGCGGAGAGGGCACUUUAUCGCAACGAAAGCGAACCCCAGUAGUCCAGAAGGGCAAGACGCUGUACCUGUUCAGCCCGGAGGACGUCGCAGCAUGUACCCCCUGCACGAUCAUCCACAACUUCCUCCCACCCGAGCAAGCGAAUGCUCUUCUACUUGAACUCCUCGACGAAUCUCAGCAUUUCUCCCGUUACAAGCUGCAGAUCUUCGACAGGACUGUUGAAAGCCCACACUCUACGUGCGUCUACGUCUCUACGCCAGAGCAGGAGGCUCAGCACACCAACGACUACACAUACGGAGGCACGUACCACACGAAUAUCCGCCAGGCAACCCCGCACCUCCGCGCGAUCUCUGCGCGCGUCCAGCAAGCCGUCAACGAAGAAAUCCAGAAGCGGAUGCGGGACGUCUACCCGGACGGCAAGAAACUCAAGUACCAGUCACCGCGGGAAUGGAUGCCCAACGCCGCCUUUGUCAACUGCUACGAUGGACCCGCAGAGAGCGUCGGAUAUCACACUGAUCAUCUUACCUACUUAGGGCCCCGCGCAGUCAUCGGGAGUAUAAGCUUAGGUGUUCAACGGGAGUUUCGUGUGCGACGGAUAGCCCCAGAUGAAGAUGAAGCGGCAGGAGAGAAAUCCGCGCGGACACGGGCUGACUCUCAGGGGCAGAUAUCCAUAGCAUUGCCGCAUAAUUCUCUGUUGGUCAUGCAUGCGGAGACGCAAGAGGAAUGGAAGCAUUCAAUUGCUCCCGCGCAGACUAUUUCCCCGCAUCCGUUAUCAGGCAAUCGGCGGAUCAAUAUCACUUACCGGUGGUAUCGGGAUUCAUUACAUCCACGAAACAUCCCGCGUUGUCGCUGUAACGCCCAUGCAGUGCUCAAAUGUGUCCAGCGUAAACGUGACACCAGAGGACGUUAUAUGUGGUUAUGUUAUAUGGGAUCUAAACCGGGGAAGCAGGGCUGUGGCUUUUUCCAAUGGGCCGAGUUUGACGAUGACGGCGAGCCACUUUGGAAACAACCUCAAACUAAUGAAGAGGAUGCGAAUGCCCCAAAUCUAAUUAAUUUCGCCGACUGA